AUGUAUUCCGAUUUACUCCCGGACAUAUCUCACCAAAAUCUACCCACCGAGAUAAGGAAGGGCGGUCUCGGAGGUCUUCCUUCCACGGCCUUCUCAGUCGGGGGUCAGCGGGUGUUUGGUGAAGUGUUGGUGUCAGCAGCUAAGCCAGGCGCGCAAGAGGCACCACCUAUCCUCCGACAGCGCGGAGGCGGCGGGAGGACGUACUCAGGCGGAACCGCUACCUCCUCGCUGAGAACCUCUAGACCAGCGGAAGAGCCGGGUUCUCCGGACCCCGUUUAA